UUUUUCUUUUCCGUUUUUCUUUUUAAUACAUAUCAUAUAUAUAUAUAUAAAAAUGGCUUCUCGUCUUCAACAAGUUUCUGGUCACUUGGCCCCUACCGACGGUGUCGCCAACAAGAUUGGUGUGAAAUCACCCGAAGACAUUGUCAUUGUAUGUGCUGUUCGUUCUGCCAUUACCAGAGCUAGAAAGGGAGGAUUCGCCAACACCAUGCCUGAAGAAAUCCUUGCUGGUGUCUUCAAGGCCUUGAUUGCCAAGUCCGGUAUUGACCCUGCCAUUGUGAAUGAUAUUGCUGUUGGUAACGUCUUGGCUCCUGCCGGUGGUGCCACCAACGCCAGAAUGGCUGCUCUUUAUGCUGGUUUCUCUGAAGCCUCCGCUGUUUAUACCGUUAACCGUCAAUGUUCUUCCGGUCUUCAAGCUGUUGUUCAAAUCGCCACUGCUAUCCAAUCCGGUCUUAUUGAAGUCGGUAUUGGUGCUGGUGUCGAAUCUAUGACCAAGAACUAUGGUGCUGCUUCUCUUGCCAACACCUCUGAAAAGAUUGCCGAUGCUUGUCAAUCUGCUGCUGACUGUCUCAUUCCCAUGGGUCUCACUUCCGAGAAUGUCGCUAACGAAUUCCACGUCACCCGUGCUAAGCAAGAUGCCUUUGCUGCUAUUUCUCACACCAAGGCCGUCAAUGCCCAAAAGAACGGUUGGUUCAAGGAAGAAAUCUGUCCUCUUGAAGGUACAGUCAUUGACAAGGAAGGCAAUGAGACCACUGUCAUUGUUGACCGUGAUGAUGGUGUCCGUCCUGGUACCAGCCCCGAAUCUUUGGCCAAGAUUCGUCCUGCUUUCAGCGAGACCGGUACUACCACUGCUGGUAACGCCUCUCAAGUUUCUGAUGGUGCUGCUGCUGUCCUUUUGAUGAAGCGUAAGACUGCUGAAAAGUACGGUCUUGCCAUCCAAGGUAAAUACAUUACUUCUGCUGUGGUGGGUGUCCCCCCUAAGAUCAUGGGUGUUGGACCUGCUUAUGCUAUCCCCGUUGCUGUUGAGCGUGCUGGAUUAAAGUUAUCUGAUGUUGAUAUCUAUGAGAUCAAUGAGGCCUUUGCUUCUCAAGCUGUUUACUCUGUUGAGAAGCUCCAAAUUCCUAUUGAAAAGGUCAACCCCAAGGGUGGUGCUAUUGCCUUUGGUCAUCCUUUGGGUUGUACUGGUGCUCGUCAAAUUGCUACUCUUCUUCCUGAAUUAAAGCGUCAAAACAAGAAGAUUGGUGUCACCUCCAUGUGUAUCGGUUCUGGUAUGGGUAUGGCUGCUGUCUUUGAAAGCGAGUAAAAAAAAAAAAAUUAUAAAGAGAAAGAAUAUUAUAUACCUGUUUAAGGCAAAAAAUAAAUAAAAUAAAAAAUGUUGUACAUGUCCACCCCUUAA